AAUGGUGAGCGUGAUAUGACCACCUCCUUAGUCCUGAAUCCUCGCUGGGCGGACACGGUUAUGUUUGUGUAUGAAAACAACUUGGAUGAGCUGAAUAAGAACAUGGAGGGUCUGGUUGGUAGUGGCAAUUUCGCAGCCAACCAGUGCAGGAAUCUAAUGGCCCAUUCCGCUCUCGGGGGUCACCCAUCUAGCUUGGUGCACAGCUCCGGCUACUCCUCUGUGGAUGUAUCGGGCUCAAGCUCCGGAGAACUAGGCAAACAGUGCACACCAUGCCCCGCGGUCCCUCAGGGCUCCUCCACAGCUCCUUUACCCUACGGGUAUUUUGGCAACGGUUAUUAUCCCUGCAGAAUGGGGCGGGGUUCGCUGAAGUCAUGCACACAGCCCAGCGCACUCAGCUACUCUGCGGAAAAAUACAUGGACACCCCGGUCACGUCUGAAGAGUACCCGAGCCGGGCAAAAGAAUUUGCUUUUUACCACGGUUACCCGAGCCCCUAUCAGUCCAUGGCGAGCUACUUGGAUGUGUCGGUCGUGCAGACUCUCGGGGCAGGAGAGCCCCGUCAUGAUACGCUGCUACCGAUGGACAGCUAUCAGCCGUGGGCGCUUACGAAUGGCUGGGGCGGCCAGAUGUACUGCUCCAAGGACCAGAGUCAAGCUGGACAACUUUGGAAAUCUGCGUUGGCAGAUGUAGUGGCCCACCAACACGACGGCAACUCCUUUCGUCGCGGUAGAAAGAAAAGGAUACCGUACACCAAGGUGCAACUAAAGGAACUGGAAAAAGAGUACGCUGCCAACAAAUUCAUCACGAAAGACAAGAGAAGAAAGAUUUCAGCAGUGACCAACUUGUCGGAAAGGCAGAUCACGAUCUGGUUUCAAAACAGGAGAGUUAAAGAGAAGAAGUUUGUAGCUAAAGUCAAGACUAGUGCGCCGUAGCCCGCUCGGCGCUGGACGAUUUGGACAAGGGACAUUGAUUUUUUUUGGCGUGUGAACGAAAGAGGACAGAAAACAUCCACGUGGUCAUUUUUGGAUUGGGAUUCUGUAUGCUAUUUUGCCUGCGCAAUUUCAUCGUGAAUUCAUCUGGUUAAAUAAGAACUUAAAAACCAAGCUCUCUAAAGACAAUGUUUUAGGGUUCUGUACAUACAGUUGCCUGCUUUAUUCGUAACACAAAAGUCUGUCUGUUUAACUCGUGCUAUACACGUAUUUUACAAUAUAUUUACCUGUUAGGUAUGUCAAUGUUGUUACUGCAGUAGAAUAGGAAACGUAUUAUGCAAUCAUAUUCCCAAUCUAUACUGUUUAUAAUGCUUGUAAAACAGUACUUAUAAAAAUAUAGCGCAAUGCUUAAUA